UGUAGCUGUACUUGCUGCACGCUGAAAUAGUGAAUUAACUUGAGGUCGUAAACUACAUACACUUUAAUUUUCCUUGCAUUUUGAACAAUGCUUUUUGUAUUUCACAUUUAAACUGACCCGGAAUUCCAUAUUUUCGUAAGGAUGGCGCUUAGGCGUUGUAUGGUUACUGUUGUCAACACUGGAAUCAGACGUGCCUCCACUUUUAAGGCGGCGGUCCUGAAAGAGGUUGGACAACCGCUAAAAAUCGACGAAAUCAAGUCAGGGAAGCUUGCAAAAGACCAGGUCAGGUUGAAAGUGAACAAGUGUGGGGUGAAUUCUGCCGACCUGCAAAUAUGCAAGGGUGAAUAUCACAUAAAACCGAAGCUACCAUUCGUUCCUGGUUUCGAAGUUGCUGGAGAGGUGUUGGAAAUAGGCUCAGGUGUAAAAACCCUGCAGAAAGGCGACAGGGUUGUUGGCCUUAACAAAGAUCUUUUUUCGGGAUUUGCUCAACAGUGCGUUCUCAACCAAAAUGAUGUCUGGUUGCUGCCCGGAGGUAUCAAGUUUGGAGAAGGUGCUGCUCUUACUGACGCCUAUGCAACUGCUCUUUUGGGUCUAGCAAGGAGAGCCCAGCUGCAGGAAGGUGAUACAGUGCUGGUAACUGCGGCUGCUGGAGGACUGGGGCUGGCAGCUGUUGACCUUGCAGCUAACGUCUACAGGGCUAAGGUUAUUGGGGUGUGCGGCACAGAAGACAAAGCUUCUUUGGUCAGGGAGAAAGGCGCGUGGGCUGCCCUAACAUACAGCCCUCAACACCUGAGAGCCAAGGUUGAGGAAGUGACGGUAGGCAAGGGCGUCAAAGUUAUCUUUGAUGCAGUCGGGGGGCAUGUAUUCCAAGAAUCCUUGAAUUGUGUUGCCCAUGAAGGUAUGGUGGUUGUCGCUGGUUUUGCAUCAAAAGAAAUCCCACAGGUUGAGACCAGCAGUCUGCUACCAAAAGCAUUUAGUCUUGUUGGUGUAUCCCUAUCAAAUUACAGAGUGUCUGAUCCAGAGGUUUACAGGCAAAGUGUAGAAGACGUAAUUGACAUGUGUGAGCAAGGCCUGAUCAGCCCACACAUCUCUGCCGAAUUUGAUUUGGAAAAUGUCAAUGAAGCCUUUGAAUUCCUGAGAGAACGCAAAUCUACCGGCAAAGUGAUACUGGAUUGCGACUGAUACCUUAUGCUAUAGUCAGAUACUCAUUUCUUAAAUAUUGCCCUGUUGGAGAAAUUAUGUAAGUUUUUUAUCUGUACCAGCCUUAGUGUUGUAACUACUUCCGCUAAAGUGUUGUCAGAUGAGCAAGCUGUAACCUCAAAUUAAAUAUUCCCUACCAGAUUAA